CGGGUUUAAGGCGGGAUUAAGGCGGGAUUAAGGCGGGUUUAAGGCGCAGAGCGGGCCCAUGGCGGAGGCGGCGCAGGGCCGGGUGCAGGCCGCGGUGGAGAGCGCGGUGCAGGGGCUGGAGCGGGAGCAGAUCCGCGCCAUGCAGGGCGCCAUGUUCCGCUGCAGCGCGCGCUGCUGCGAGGACGCAGCGGCCUCCAUGCAGGAGGUGCAGCGCUGCAUCGAGCGCUGCCACGCGCCCCUGGCCCGCGCCCAGGCCAUCGUCACCGCCGAGCUCGAGCACUUCCAGGACCGGCUGAGCCGCUGCUCGCUGCAGUGCUCGGACCAGGCCAAGGACGCGCUGGACUCGGGGGGCUCGGAGCCGCGCGUGCGGGGCCAGCUGGACGCCUGCCUGGCCACCUGCGGGGAGCAGCACCUGCGCCUCGUGCCCGCCAUGGCCAAGAAGAUGCGGGACGGGCUGGCCAGCAUCCAGCAGUGACCCCGGGGACACCCCCGGGGACACCCCGGGGACGCCCCCGCACGCUCAUUAAAGGCCAGGUGGCACCUCCCA